AUAAGGAUAAAGCGCUGGCUGGCUCCAAGCGCAGUCUGCUGGAUACCAGAGAGUGGAGAGAGUGAGAGAGGCGAGCCUUUAAAUCUCUGCGGUGCAGAGCUGGAAAAGCUGCUUCUCAGCGAAAAUCAGACGCCCUAUUUACUCAACGCGUAUUUGCUCCUUUUAUUUUCCUGGAGAAAAAAGGGACUUACAAACCAAGAAGUUGCAACGCGGACUGGUGCCCGUCUCAGCGAUCAAACGUGGUAUUUCUUUUAUUGUCGUUAUUGAUGUUUUGAUUUUCUUUUUAUGUGUGUGUGAAUACACUUCUGCUAAAGGGACUGAGUUUUUUUUUUCUUUAACUUUUUUUUUUUUUUUUUACUUUUGCACUGAGACGCACUGCUUUCUACCUCCUGCCUGGUCUCUCUGCCAGAUUAUCCAGCAGAAGUAGGCUAUAUGACGCAAACCGUGUGCAGAGCAUUAGUCUGAAAGUUUUCCUCCUCAACUUUUUUUCGUUUUCCUUUUUUCCCCCCACCAAUCACACGGUGUUUCAUGCUACAGCAAGUCUGUGCACAGCGGUGGAUGAACCAAAAGAACUAUUGCAUGAAACAAGAGAGGAGAGAAGAGACGCUGAUUAAUAAGUCAGUUUUUGCGACGCUCGCCAGUACCUUUGCAUAUCUGCAAAAGAGUCGCGACAACAACAUGAGUGCAGAGCUGAGCAUGGGCCCGGAACUACCCAGCAGCCCUCUGGCUCUGGAAUAUGUCAACGAUUUUGACCUGAUGAAGUUUGACGUGAAGAAGGAAGGCCUGGCCGGGCUGGAUCGCAACGGGGUGCGCCAGUGCAACCGUCUCCAACCCCAGGGCUCCGUGUCCUCCACCCCCAUCAGUACGCCCUGCAGCUCAGUGCCCUCUUCGCCCAGCUUCAGCCCCACAGAGCAGAAAAACCACCUAGAGGAGCUGUACUGGAUGCCAAACAGCGGGUACCACCAGCAGUUAGACCCGCAGACGCUGAGCUUGACCCCGGAGGACGCGGUGGAGGCGCUGAUUGGAGCCACAGCUCACGGCCACCCUCCGCCUCCGCACGUCCAGCAGCAGCUGCAGCAGCAAGGCGCUUUCGAGGGCUACAGGGGCCCGCAUCACCACCACAGCCACCACGGCCACAGCCAGCAGCAUCAUCACCCCUAUGCGGGGGGCAUCCCGCACCACGCCGAGGAACUGUCCGGGCACCCGGGCGGACACAGCCACCCACACAGCCAGCAUCACCACCACCACAGCCAGGACCCCGACAGCCCGUCCCCGGUGUCCCCAGAGUCCCACCAGCCGCUCCAUCACCACCGCCACCAUCACCACCACCACCACGCGCACGGCCACCUGAGCCAGUCGGGAGCGCACCACGGCUCCGGGGGCGGACUGAACGUGGAGGACCGCUUCUCCGACGACCAGCUCGUGUCCAUGUCGGUGAGGGAGCUCAACAGACACCUACGGGGCUUCACCAAGGACGAGGUGAUCCGCCUGAAGCAGAAGAGGAGAACCCUGAAGAACAGGGGCUACGCACAGUCCUGUCGGUUCAAGCGGGUGCAGCAGAAGCACGUGCUGGAGAACGAGAAGACGCAGCUGAUGAACCAGGUGGAGCAGCUGAAGGCGGAGAUCAGCCGGCUGGCGAGGGAGCGGGACGCCUACAAACUCAAGUGCGAGAAACUGACGGGGUCGGGGGCCAAUAAUGGGUUCCGCGAGGCUGGCUCGACCAGUGACAACCCUUCAUCACCAGAGUUCUUCAUGUGAGUUUGUCGCAGCCUUUUACUUGUGAACCCCCGCAUCCUCACAAACAAACAAACUUUACCUCCCUCCUCCACCCCCACUUUUCCUUUCUCCACAAGCGACUGACUUUGCUGAUGAACAAAACGAUAAUAAUCCACAUCUCCCAUACUGUUUGAUUAUACUAAUAACGGUAACAAUUAUAUUCAUAUUAGAAGAAUAAUCCAUCAGAUAGUACUCUCAUAUAUAACCAUCUCUCCAUCCACGUGUCAACUGAGAUACAAAGAGCAAUGUAGAGUGUCUGAUCAGUCGCAGCAUCUUUGUAGAUUAGUUGCUUGUAGUGAAGAGACUUUUUUGGGUUCUUCUUCAAAGAGGAUCGGCUGAUGAACUUUUUUCUUUUAUUUUCCUCUCUCCUUUGAGAGUUUUUAAAUAACCUGUAAGUAGUGUGGGAUGGCGUCGAGGCAGUUGUCUUUGUAAUUUUGUUCUCCAAAAAUGAUGACAUUGUUAUGAAACAACAACAAGCAGGCCUGGCCUCGCAGCCUGCAACACACCAGACUCACAUUGGACAAGUGGAGCCCCGCAAACUGAGAAAAAGCUCCUCAAAAAAUUAAGAAAAAAAAAGCGGGACUCCACUUUAUGCAAAUUUAACUUGUGUCUACUAACCCGUCACAGGGGGGACAUUUUAUGCAACAUCUCAUUGAUUUAUUGCCUGCUUGGUUAUAUUCGAAUAUAUAUUGAAACAAAAAAUCUGCAUUAAAUAUUAAUCCUGCAUGCUGGACAUGUACGGUAAUAAUUUCUAUUUUGUACUUUCAUCUUCUCGUGUAUAUUAAGAGCAUGUUGUUGAUCUGCGCUUCUCCAUAGUUUUUUUUUUUAAUUUUAGUUUUGAGGGGGGGUUUAGAGAAAUGCAGCGGGGACAGAACAGCAGGACUGCCGGUGCAGUAUAUCAUAUGGUGUUGGGGUUUUUUUCCCCCUCGUUGGGCUUGUAAAUAUUAUGCAACCGCAAAACUACACAACAAGAUUGAGGAGGCUGGUUUGAACUUCUUUCUUUGCGUUGUGUUUCUUUUUUAAAUCAUUUAUUUGUUAUGAUUUUUUAUCAUUUGUUGGGUAUUGAUUGAAAGAGGAGUGCAUUUUUCCUUUCAGUUGCAUUUAAAAAUACAACAACUGUGUGUCAAGUGCACUUUUGGAUAAUGAUUUGCAAGUUUUCAUUUUGAACUUUGUGCAGACCUCCCUCCAGGAAGACAUACUAUGAUAUUAUACUGUAAUAUUUUGCAAGACAGGCCUGAGUGCAAAGUUUUUUAGGGGAAUAUUUGGACGCAUGCUGUGCAAAGCUGAGGAGACGAACAUGUGGCCACAAUAUUAUUGGACCCAGAUUGCACAGAAAAGGCUUUUGCGCACCAUCAAGACGAGGAUUCACAUAUUGUUGAACAGACACAGAGUGUUUUUAAAACUCUUUGUCAUUUUAAUUCAAUGCUGCUUUCAUGGCACAGAUUCACAGAAAGUCUUGUCUGCUUUUCUAUUAACUCUUUCGCACUACAGACCCAAACUAAACCACACAUCCUCAUUGUGAUUGGCGGCCACCUGUAGCAUAUUUUCACUGGGUCUGAAAUGAACGAUCUAACCUAUAUUUUUUAACAAAAAAAAGUGCAAAAACUUUCUUCUCAGAGGUUUUAUGUAGAGGUGAUAUUUAGAUAACACAAAUGUUUUAAUACAAAGUUUGACUAUUAAUGUUCUAUGUUUUCCUGAUUUUUUUUUCCUGCCGGUCAGUAAAAAAGGGGACUCAGGUUGUGCAAAUUCUCAAAAUGAAAACAACGUCUAUGUUAUGUAAUACUUUUUAUUUGUCUGUUUUAUUAUUAUUUGAUGAUUCUGGUUCUGCUGGCCAGAUGCAUAGUUAAAGUUUUUAUUUUAAUGAUUUAAAUUAAACGGUCUGAUCAUAUCGAUUAAGCAUGGUGCUUGCAUUGAAACUGUUGUUGAAAAGUCAUGCAUUUAAACAAUCUUUGGUUUGUUACUGAUUCAACUGUGUUGAAAUCGAACUGAAACUGCAGCAGCGGGUUGUUGUUUUGUUUUCACCAAUUCCAUGUACUUAGCGAUGAUGGGGAUCAAUUUUCAAUCCUGUUUAUAUAAAUAAUAGUAACACUUAAAUUUGAACUGUUCCAUUCAGGCUGGUUUCUGUUUUGUCUUUUUUUGGUUGUUUUUGGAAGAAAUUGUUUCCUAUUUUGCUUAUUAAAGUCAUUGAAAUGGCAAGAA